AUGUCUGCUGUGACUGUUAGUGAUGAUGGUGACUGUUACCGGUGUUUCCCGCCCGACCCGGGCAUUGGUACUACAGUGUCAGGUGCCGGUGAGGCUGCUGCUCUAGGUGCCAGUGCGUCUGUGCUCUCAGGUGCUAGUGAGUCUGCCCUCUCAGGUACUGUGUCGGCUUCUGCCUCUCACACCUUCACCCUUGACUCUGGGGCGUCUCGCUCCUUCUUUCGGGACCGCACCACUCUCACGCCGCUUAGUCGGCCUGUUGCGGUGUCCCUGGCUGACCCCUCUGGGGGUCCUGUCCUGUCUCGUUUCUCCACAGUCCUCCCGUGUCCGGCGGCUCCCUCUGGCACCCUGACUGGUCUUUACCUCCCCUCGUUCUCUACGAACCUGCUGAGUGGUGCUGACCUACAGGAUGUGGGUGUCCACAAGUUCACCCCUGCUCGUCAGCGGGUGACACACUGCACAGAGGCUAGCACAGGUCGCCACCUGGCUACGUUUACACGUCAGCCAGGUUCGAGCCUGUACACACUGACCACUGCUUCUCCUCCCGGUGCUGAGUCUGGUAGAGUCCCUUCGGCUGGUCAGGUCUUUGCUGCAGCGUCCAGGUCUGGUCCUGAGUCUGCCCCCUGUUCGUGUCGCCGUCUGUCUCACGAGACUCUCCUCUGGCACCACCGCCACGGCCACCCCUCUCUGCUUCGGCUCAGAGGCAUGGCCUCCCGUCUUCUUGUUUCUGGUCUACCCCAGUCACUCCCUCCCCUUCCUCAGGGCCCUGGCCCUGCCUGUGUCCCUUGUGUCGAGGGGCGCCAGCGUGCUGCCCCUCACUCCUUCCAGUUUCCUCCGACAGAGGCUCCGUUGCAGACACUUCACAUGGACGUGUGGGGCCCUGCCCGCGUCCGUGGACUCGGUCACGAGCGCUACUUCCUGUUGGUGGUUGACGACUACUCGCGUUACACCACAGUCUUCCCCUUGCGCAGCAAGGGUGAUGUCACUGAGGUGCUGAUCGACUGGAUCCGCGAGGCUCGUCUCCAGCUCAGGCAGAGCUUUGGUUCGGACUUUCCUGUGUUGCGUCCGCACUCGGACAGAGGCGGAGAGUUCUCCUCUGGCCUUCUGCGUGCCUUCUGUCGUGCGCGAGGCAUCCGCCAGACCUUCACGCUUCCGGACUCACCGCAGCAAAAUGGGAUUGCAGAGCGCCGCAUUGGCAUGGUCAUGGACGUCGCUCGUACGUCUAUGAUGCAUGCGGCUGCCCCCCAUUUUCUGUGGCCGUUUGCGGUCAGGUACGCGGCGCAUCAGAUCAACCUCCACCCCAGGGUCUCCAGGCCGGAGACCUCCCCAGCCCUGCUGUGGACGGGGAAGGUUGGCGAUGUGUCAACGUUCCGAGUCUGGGGAUCUCGGGCGUUUGUCCGCGACUUGGCUGCGGACAAGCUGUCCCCUCGCGCUGCUCCCUGCGUCUUCCUGGGGUUCCCCCCCGACGCCCCUGGGUGGCAGUUCUACCACCCCACCUCUCGGCGUGUUCUGUCUUCCCAGGACGUCACGUUCGACGAGUCGGUACCCUACUACCGCCUCUUCCCCUACCGCACUCCUUCCCUUCCCCCGCCCCCGCUCUUCUUGGUACCAGGUCCCCCCCCGGUAGACCCCCUCCCCCCUCAGGGUCCUGCCCCUUCAGGUGUGUCCCAGGUAGACGCGGUCGAGCCUGUCGAGGUCACUAGUGACUCUGGUACUGCUGCGGGAGCCGAGCCUGGGGGUGCUGAGCCUGGGGGUGCGGAUUCUGGGGGUGCUGAGCCUGGGGGUGCUGGGCCUGGGGGUGCUGAGCCUGGGGGUACUGAGUCUGGGGGUGCUGAGCCUGGGGGUGCUGAGUCUGGGGGUGCUGAGCCUGGGGGUGCUGAGACUGGGGGUGCUCCGCUUGGAGGUGCUUUGCCUGAGGGUGCUGCGCCUGGAGGUUCUUCGCCUGGAGGUUCUCCGCCUGGAGGUGCUUCGUCUCGCCGAGAGCCACUCUCCCCACAAGAGCUGCGUGAGUGGUUUGCCCGGCGCUGGAGGCGUGCUGCUGGUGCUGGAGGUUCUUCGGCUGCAAAGGGUGCUGCUGCCGCGCGUCCCGGAGGUGCUCGUGCUGUGGGUGUUGGAGCUGCUGGGCCUGAGGGUUCUCCUGGAGCUGGUGCUGCUGAGGGUGUUGGUACUGAGACUACUGUUGGCGGUCCGACUCGCAGUGCUCCUGGUGCUGCUGGAGGUCCUGCUGGAGGUGCUGCUGGAGCGGGUACUCUUGCUGGGGGUUCUGGUGCUGUCCCUGCUGUUUCUGGCGUCACCACAUGGCCCCGACCGUACUUCGUUCCGCUCCUGCAGCAGGUUCUUGGUCUUACACCUUCUCUUGGUCCUCCUCCGCCUCCCUUUGAGGGUCCAUGGCCUGUCCAGUCCCAGUCACAGCUACAGCUUGCCUCCCCUUUGCUUGCUCCUUCUCCCUACGCUGGUCCGACUGGAGGUCUUACUGAGCGUCGUGAGCCUGCGUCUCGUCCUGCGUCGCCUGUUCGUCCUGCACGCACUAGUGGUCGCAGUUCGCGUCAGCGUCCUCCUCCUGUCCCUGGCACGCACCGGAUGUCUCUGCGUCCGUCCACUGCUCCUCUGCGUGCCCCUUUGCCUUCUCCUCCAGAGUCCUCUCUUCCUGCUCUUGCCGACCCGGAGUCGGACUCUCUUCGUGCUGCCAGUCCCACUGUCACACGUCUCCUUGCUACUGCUGUCACUGACCCUUCUUUUGAGUCUUCUGCUGCGUCUGCCCUUGUCACUGAGCUCGUCGACUUUGCUGCGCGCUGUCGUCUAGACUACGCUGCUAGUCUUGUCGCUGGGUCUGAGUCUGCCGAUUCUCCGUCCGUCGGGGGUGAGUGUGCCCUAGGCACGGACGUCCUUGAGGACAGGCAGGAGGAGUUCCAGUGUCUGGCCGCCGCUUCACCUCAUCUCGCGUCUGUUCUUCUCGCCCCUGAGGGAGACCCGGAUGCACUAGACAUCCCGACUCCGCGCUCUUACGCGGAGGCGAUAGAGGGUCCCUACUCCUCUCAUGGCAUGUGGAUCUUCAGGGUGAAGCGGCCGCCGGGUUCUCCGCCUGUCUUCAAGGCGCGUUACGUGGCUCGUGACUUCAGUCAGCGGCAGGGAGUUGACUACUUUGAGACCUUCUCCCCCACCUCGAAGAUGACCACUCUUCGGGUACUGCUGCACGUUGCUGCUCACCGUGACUACGAGCUGCACUCUCUCGACUUCAGCACUGCUUUCUUGCAGGGCAGCCUGCACGAGGAGAUCUGGCUGCGUCGCCCACCUUGCUUCACUGGGUCUUUUCCUCCUGGUACCCAGUGGAGUCUCCGGCGUCCAGUCUACGGUCUCCGCCAGGCGCCACGUGAGUGGCACGACACACUGAGGACUACGCUUGCGGCACUUGGGUUUGCUCCUUCUACUGCCGGCCCGUCGCUGUUUCUGCGCAUCGACACCUCUCUGCCGCCGUUCUACAUCCUCGUGUACGUCGACGACUUGGUCUUUGCCACAACUGACACUGCUGGACUCGCCUACGUGAAGUCCGAGCUGCAGAAGAGACACACGUGCACUGACCUGGGUGAACUGCGCAGCUACCUUGGCUUGCAGAUCACCCGGGACAGAGCUCGCCGCACCAUUACCCUGACUCAGUCACACAUGGUGCAGCAGGUCCUUCAGCGCUUCGGCUUCACGUACUCCUCGCCUCAGGCCACUCCUCUGCCUACUCGCCACUCGCUCUCAGCUCUGCCUUCGGAUGAGUCAGUAGAGUCGAGUGGCCUGUAUGCAGAGCUUGUUGGCUGCCUCAUGUACCUGAUGACCUGCACUCGACAUGACCUUGCAUACCCUCUUAGCAUUCUCGCACGCUAUGUUGCUCCUGGGAGACACCGACCAGAGCACAUGGCUGCAGCGAAGAGGGUGUUGCGCUACUUGUGCAGUACGUCGGGCAUGGGGCUAGUGCUUGGAGGGCGCAGUCCAGUGGUCCUCACUGGGCACGCGGACGCUUCUUGGUCUGACGACCACGCUACGCAGCGGUCGUCACAGGGUUACAUCUUCGGCCUUGGUUCCGGCUCUGUUUCGUGGCGGGCUACUCGCUCGUCUUCUGUUCUCGGCUCCAGUUGUGAGGCUGAGAUCUACGCCGGGGCUAUGGCUGCUCAGGAGCUUCGCUGGCUCACCUACCUGCUGACCGACCUUGGAGAGCCGCCUCGUUCUCCUCCAGUCCUGUACGUAGACAACAAGGCCAUGCUGGCCUUGUGUCGAGAGCAGCGACUGGAGCACAGGACAAAGCACAUUGCUCUCCGCUACUUUCUUGCUCGUGAGCUACAGCAGCGUGGACAGUUGCGACUUGCGUACGUGGCCUCUGAGGCCAACACUGCUGAUGUUUUCACCAAGGCACUUGCGCCUUGUGAUCAUCAGCGUUGUUGCACGCAGCUGGGUCUUGUGCCUGUCUUGCCUCACUUACUCACUUCUUGA